AUGGCGACAGGAGGAGCCGCUGCAGCCAGCGGCGAGGACAAGAGCAACGGGGGCAAGAUCCCCGCACCCGUCUUCGAUGGCACGAGCAAGACCAUGAAGAAGCACCGCCGAGAGGUCGCCACCUGGCAGAUCGGCACCGAGGUCAAGCCGCCCAAGCAGGGAGCGACCUUGCUGGCCAGCCUCAAGGGCAAGGCCGAGGAGGCGUGCCAGGAGCUCGACCUGGACGCCAUCAAGGGCGACGACGCGGUGGAGGUGUUCCUGGAGUACCUCGGGAAGCGCUUUCCCGAGAUCGAAGUGCUGGAGACCCCAGCGCUGCUGGAGACCUUCGCGCGCCCGGCCUGCGUCCGGCACAAGUACGAGGAGAUCCGCGACUACAACGACCGCUUCAAUGGGAUCGCCACCAAGCUGAAGGCCAAGGGCAUCCAAGUGCCCGACGAGGCCUUGGCGGACCUGUACAUCAAGGGGGCCCGCCUGCCCCCGGAGCGCGCGGCGAGCGUGCUCAACGGUGUGGGCAACCAGUUCAACCCCACCAAGAUCCAGGAGCAGUUGAUGAUCAACUUGCCCAAGGUAUCGGUCGUGGACGGCAACAAGGACAGCCACGACAAAGGAGGCUACGGAGGUAACAAGAACAAGGACCACAAGCGGGCGUACGCCACGGAGAUCUACGAGGAGGAUCGUAGGGCCGAGCUCGACGGCGCGCCCUCAGACAGCUCCGACGACUACGGAGACGAGCUGCCCGACGAGCUGCAGGACGUGAUCGACGAGGCGGAGGAGCAGGUAGCGUUCUUCACCAAGAAGAUGGUGCGCGCCAAGGACAAGCUGAAGGAGGCGAAGCAGGCGCGUGGCUACUUCGCCAAGCGCGACGGCGGCAACCCGCCGAAGAGAGACGAUCCCAAGAUCGCCAAGAUGAAGGCCAGGACACACUGCGGCGCAUGCGGCCAGAAGGGCCAUUGGCGCGGUGGCCCGCAGUGCUCGAAGAAGAACGACCCUAACGCCAAGGCCGACAUCCCGAAGAAGGGAAGCAACAGGACGAACAUCGCCACGCACGAGACCAGCGACGCGCAGGAGCCUCACGUGGCGGAGAUGACGGUCGCGGCGGUCUACCUUCAGGACCAGCGGGCCGCGGCUCGCGACAGGAAGUACGGUGCGCUGCACAGCAUCGACUGGACGCAGAUCCGCCAGGCCGCCGAGCUACCCGAAGAAGUUACGGCGGCGGCGUUCUUCAUCAAUAAGGACCACCAGUGCCUGAUGGCCGCGACGAGCUCGGCGCGGAUCUACCUCAGCGUCGAGGACCUGCUGAAGGAGUCGGGGGGCAAGCUGACCUUCGACACGGCCUGCACUCGGUGCGUCGGCGGCCUCGACUGGUACAACGACAUCAAGAAGAGGCUGGCCGCCUUCAACAUCCAGCCCAUCGAGUACCCCAAGAAGGAGCCGUUCCGGUUCGGGGCGUCGAAGGUGGCGUUCAGCCUCAAGGCGGCGCUGAUCCCCUGUUCGGUGAACGGCAAGGCCUUCACCGUCCGCAUGAGCAUCGUGCGCAGCGCCGUGCCAGGACUGUUCAGCCGCAAGGCCCAGAGCGAGCUGGACAUAGUCUACCACGCCGGAGACAACAAGCUGGACAUCAAGUCGAUCGACGAGCACAACAUCCAGAUGGGCCUGAGCCGCGCCGGACACCCGACGCUGGACAUCACAGGCUUCACGCCGAACUCUAAGCCCGUUUUGGACGUCUCGGAUACCAAGGCCGAGAUUCGUCUUCAUCCUUGCGCUUCUUACCAUGCUGAGACAGCUGUGGCCAGCGCCGCCAAGCCGGUGGUGCCCGAGGCUCGCCACUCAGGAGUUGCCUCGGAGGCCGACGAGUCUCCGUCGGAUACUGACUGCAAUGCGCUCGAUAGCGCCGAACUGUUCGAGCAGCAGGUGCGCCAGGCCAUCAUGCGGAUGCCGGAGCUGCAGGCCGAGGUGGCAAGCUACGACUUGGAUGCGCGCGACGCCACGUGCGACCAGCCCCGGGUGAUCUUGCGUGCGCUGAGGGCCGAGGGCCGCGAGAGCACGCCGCAGGACGACUACAUCCCGGGGCUCGGCAAGAAGAACAAGGAGGAGCUCCAGCAGCUGUGUCGGGACCACCAGAUCGAGUUCGACCAGCGCACGCCCGUGCCGGAGCUCAGGCAGCGCCUCAAGGGCUGGAAGGUCGAGGACGCGGUCAGCAGUGCCGCGGCGACGUACCCCACGGCGGACUACCGCUGGGUGCUCAAGAACGACCUGGGCAACGCGCAGUGGGCGGUCCUGGAGCUCAACAACAAUCGGGCAAGCCCACUCCUGGCGCGGUUUGCCAGGUGGGUAAAGGCGCACGGAGCGCAGCCCCUUCCCCCGGAGAAGGCCAAGACCACCUUGGAGGCAGCGAUGGCCGAGGAGGUGGUGCUGGACGACGAAUGGGUGGCGCCAGCGGCUACGACUACGAGGGCCUCAGGAAGCCAGGGGAGCUGGGCCGGGCAUCGGCGCCAGCGACCUCCGGAGCCGUACGAGAUGGGCACCAGCGACAUGGGCUUCGAGAAGGCGGGCGAGACCGACAAGGACGGGUCGCCAGCCCCGAGGCGGCGGUCAGGCAUCAAGAAGGGCAAGCGCGUCGGCCUCCUCUACCAGGUCACGGGCUUGCUGAGCGCCUUCGCCUUUCAGGCGGUGCUCACCGCGGACUGGCUGGCCAGACCUCUCACGCCCGUGGUGCAGCAUGCUACCAGUGCUGCGCGAGACGUGGUCGACCACGUCCAGGACGUCAAGGAGGCCUACAGCGUUCGCAGCCACCGCGUGGACGUCAUGCAGGUGUUCGGAGGCGAAGGCGGCAUCACCGAGGCGGCGUGGAAGCGCCGGAUGACGGCCACAGAGGUGAUCGACCGCAAAUACGGAUGGGACUUACGCAAGCAGAAGGACCUCGACGCGACGUACGACCUGUACUACGCCUCAAGGCCGAAGUUCGUGUCAAUCGAGCUGCCCUGCACCCACUACACGAACAUCACGCACCUCAACUUUCGGACGCCGCAGGCCAGGCAGGCGCUCCGACGGAUCUGGGGGACGGAGCGGCCGUUCCUUUUAUUGGCCCGCGACCUCUUCAAGUGCCAGCUCGACUCUGGCGACGUGGCCAUGAUCGAGAACCCGGCCACCAGCCGGCUCUGGACACAGCGCGCGAUUUUGGAGCUACUGGCAGACGAGCGCGUGUACCAGGUGAAGUGCGACAUGUGCGAGUACGGAGCUCGACACUACAAGACGGGGGGGCUCAUCAAGCACCCCGCGAAGCUGCUCGUUACCCACAAGGAGUUCGAGCAGCUGAAGCGCACCUGCAGCCACAAGCACCACGACCAGACCUUUGGGGACAACGUGGCGGCGCGCAAGUCUGGCGUUUAUCACGCUAAGUUCUGCAGAGCGGUGGUGCGCAUUGUGGUGGACUGCCAGUCGCACUCGUCGCCCUUCAUCGUGACAGUGCCCAGGGAGCAGGCCACCGCCGACGUAAACGACACCGCGCCCCUGGGAGAGACGGGCGAGCCCGAUGGGGACCCAGACCCCAUGGGCGGCGGAGACGACUUCGCCGACACUCACGACGUGCGGGCCGAAGAUACUGUGGACGGCAGGAUCGGGGUCGGCGCGAUUACUUUCACAAAGAAAGCAGCGGCCUGCUGCAAGCCAGCCGAGCUGGCCAUGCUCAAGAGACUCCAUGUCAACUUGGGCCAUCCGUCUAUUGAAGAUUUGGGCCGCAGUUUGCGACUCAAAGGUGCUAAGUCGGCCACCGUCCAGGCCCAGCGCCCGAGCGCGAGGAGACCAGCGCACCUCCACUUCGUGCAAGAUUUUGGAGGCGACGUCGGCUUCGACUGCUUCGAGCGCAAGGACGUCGACGGCAAGAGCUCCUGGUAUUUCAGCAUCGUCGACCUGGCCACCACCUUCCAUGUCGCGACGCUGAUCGAUCGCCACACCAGCCAGGAGUUCGCUGCCGCGUUCGAGAGGUGCUGGGCCUCCUGGGCGGGCGUACCCGACCGAGUUCACUUCGACAUGGAGAAGGGGUUCGGCGGCGCCCUCAGCGAGUUGUUCCAGUCAUUCAACACGGUGCAGCUGCCCAUCGCUGGUCAGGCACAUUGGCAGCUCGGUCGCGUGGAACGCCAGGGAGCUUGGUGGAAGGAGCUCGCGGCGAGGACGAUCGAGCACUCGUCGAUCAGGGGCGAGGACGAGAUGCGGACGCUGGCCAUCAUGGUAUCGGGCGCGAAGAACUCGCUGAGAAGGCGAGCAGGCUUCAGCCCCGCGCAGUGGGUGCUGGGACGCGACCCCAAGAUGCCUGGAGACCUAGUCGACGACACGGCCAACUACAGCGCCCACAGCUUCGCGGCCAACGACGAGAAGAUUCGCCGCCGAUAUGCCAUUCGGACGGCGGCGCGCGAGCCGUUCAUGAGGAUGCAGAACGACGACCAGCUCCGGCGAGCUAUGCUGGCUCGCGCGCGCACGGUGGCGACGCCCUUGUCAGUGGGCGAGAUGUGCUACGUCUUUCGCCAGGUCAAGAAGAAGGAGCAGCGGGACCAGCACAACCGCAACGCCAAGAAGGGCAUCUGGCGAGGGCCGUGCCACAUCAAGGCACUCGCUCCGGACGACGUCUGGUUCCCGAACGGCAGGGACGAGAUCGGUCAGGCCGUGGCCGAGCUCAACCGGGCUCGCGACUCGCUCGAACAAGAAGAGGCUCAGGUGGAGGACAUCCGCCCGGCGCCUGGCGAGCCCGAGGUCAAGCCAGACGAGAUGGAGCAGGCGUGGCGGGAAUUCAUCGACAACCCGGACGACAGCGACCUCAAGCUGAACGUCUCCGAGGAUCUGCCCCAGCAGGAGCAGAUCCAGGUGCUGCCCGCCGACGUACCGCAACAAGCUGAAGAAGAGCGAACCUACGGCCCUGACGAGUUCCGACGACGUCGAGCUACCUUCGACGGAGUGGACAGCGGCGACUUCGGCCCGGCCUUCAAGCGACUCCAGACCGAGAGGGAGCACGCAGGCUCUGGCGCCCUGCCCGCAAGGGCAACUUCGCGGGACCGCGCGGCGGCCCCCGAUCAGGAGGCAGCGGCCGGACCCGAAGCAGGAGGAGCCCGCCAACGUUCGAGGUCGGCUCCAAGACUAGUAUUGCAAACCUCCAUCGUGACCGAGAGGAUCAAGCGCAAGCAGGCCGACAAGGAGAUCCAUUGGAGGGCCAUCAAGGACUCUGAUCGGGAGCUCUUCAGGGAGGCGGCCGCCAAGCAGUGGAGCGAGUGGCAGAAGUAUGGCUCUUGUCAGGUACUCUCCAUCGAGGAGUCCGAGGCGAUCAUGGGCAUGAUCAAGCCCAGCCUCGUCCUGCCCAGCCGGUUCGUGCACCGGGACAAGAACGCCCCGCUGCGCACCGACAAGCAUCCGCUGCCGGUCAAGGCAAAGGCCCGACUCUGCGUCGGGGGUCACAUGGGCCCGCGCCUCGCUCAGGGCGACUUGCGGACGGACGCGCCCACGCAGCUGAUCAAAAUCCUCAAGGGAGUUUUCGGGCUGGCCACGGCACCGAGACAAUGGUGGGCGAAGCUCAAGCGGACAUUGCUGGCGGUGGAGGAGAAGCUGAGCGACAACUACGUGUUUCGCCUACACCAGCACUCGCUAGACCCAGCGCUGUACUACGGCUACGACCAGCACGGUGAGCUCUGUGCGGUGGUGGUCGCCCACGUGGACGACUUGCUGCUGGGGAUCUCGCACAAGUACCCGGCCCUCUACGACAGGCUUCACAAGCUUUUGCCCUGGGGCGACUGGCGAGGCUUGCCUUUUACUUUUUGCGGCAAGCAGGCCUGGCGAGAUCAAGAGGAAGUACUACAUCUACGACAGACCGAGUACGCGAACACCAUCGAGGAGAUUCCGCUCAGCAAGGAGCGCAAAACGGACCUGUCGUCAGAUGCUACGCCAGCCGAGUUCUCGGACAACCGCUCCGCACUCGGAGCGCUCGGGUGGCUUUCAUCGCAGACUCGUCCCGACCUGGCAGCUGGAGUGGCCAUGGGGCAGCGGACCCAGAACAAGCCCACCAUCCAGGACUUGCUCGAGACGAACAGGCUCAUCAAGUUGGCGCGGAAGCACGCGGACGUGGGUUUGGAGUUCCCUGAGUUACGUGGACCUCUGUGCCUGGUGACGUACCACGACGCCAGUUGGGCCAACGCUGACGAGCCAGCUGAAGGCGCCAUCUCCAAGUUGCUCGCCAAGACCGUGGGGGCAACCAGUAAGGACAAGAAUAUCAAGAUUCGCUCGCAGGCUGGCUACGUGAGUAUUCUCGCAGAAGCCAAGCUACUACGCGGAGAUCGAGCUCGAGCAGGAAUUGUUGAUUGGAGAUCGGGCACCAUCAAGAGAGUUUGCAGAUCUACGUUGGCAGCCGAAACGAUGUCGGCAGUAGACGCUCUAGGCUGUGCUCAGAUUACACGCUGUGUUUUCGCUUCGCUAGAGAUUCCGGAUGCCCAUCCAGAGGACAUCCCGCCGAGUCUGUUGCCGCUCGCUCAGGUCACAGAUUGCGCCAGCUUGUACGAUACGAUGCAUAAAGACGGUUAUUCCAAGCUCCCGUCAGACCGGCGCCUUUUGCUCGACCUAGUGGGCCUCAAGGAGUCACUAGAAGAGGAAGUUAGCAACGAUUUUGUCGCUGACGAUCAGCGCAGCCAACUACCCCUCUUUUGGGUUCCGACUGAUCAGCAGCUCGGUGAUCAGUUCACCAAGCGAUCGGACGGCAGUGCCAUCAGGGCAGUGUUGCGAGACACACGUCUCGCUUUGCAGCAUCAAGAGCCGACGGACCAGGCCAGAGAGCACGAGGCACACCUGACCAGUGCCGGCUCACUUUUCAAGCGCGCAGUGCGCCUGGUUUCAUUUUAG